AUGUACCAGGUGCUCAAGUCCUGUUUCUGUUCCAGUGGCACCAGUGGAGGGUUUCUGAGCUCAGAAACAACUGUCGCAGCCUGGAUCACAGAACUCACACAAAUAAGUGGAAGUGAACAGCCCCAUCUGCAAAGUUUGAAGAUGGAGAUCAUAAUCCUGAACUUACUGACCAUCAUCACUGCCCUGGUCGGGAUGGCAGGAAAUGCCACUGUGCUCUGGCUUCUGGGCUUCUGUAUGAGGAGGAACGUCUUCUCUAUCUACAUCCUCAACCUAGCAACAGCUGACUUCACUUUACUCUGUUGCUGUAUUUUGCAUGCCCUGGAGACACUCAUCAUGUUCUUCUGGCCCAUCUCCAGAUCCUUCCCGGACUUUUUUGUCACUGUGUCAGUCUUUGCCUACAUCGCAGGCCUGAGCUUUCUCAGUGCCAUUAGCACAGAGCGCUGCUUGUCUAUCACGUGGCCCAUCUGGUACCGCUGCCGCCGCCCCAGACACAUGUCAGCUGUCAUGUGUGCCCUGCUCUGGACCAUGUCCCUGCUCCUCAGCAUCCUGCAAGGAAACUACUGUGGCUUCCUGAAUAGAAAUGUACAUCCCUUUUGGUGUCCAGCAUUGGAUUUCAUCACUGUGGCCUGGCUAAUGUUGUUAUUUGUGCUUCUCUCUGGGUCCAGCCUGGUUCUGCUGACCAGGCUGCUGUGUGGCUCCCAGAGGGUGCAGCCCACCAGGCUCUAUGUGACUGUGGGGCUCACAGUGCUGGUCUUCCUCACCUGUGGCCUGCCAUUUGGCAUCCACUGGUUCCUCAUAUUCUGGUUUCAAAAAGAUACUCGUGCCUUCUUUCGUCUUUUCCUGAUUGCUGUUUUUUUGUCCUGUGUCAACAGCUGUGCCAAUCCCAUCAUUUACUUCUUUGUUGGCUCCUUUAGGCAGCGAUGGUGGAAGCGGCAACAGACCCUGAGGCUUGUUCUCCAGAGGGCUCUACAGGACACCCCUGAGGUGGAUAAACAUGAAGGAAGCCUUCCUCAGGAAAUUCUGAAGAUGUCAGGGAACAGUCUGUUGUCCUGA